UGAACUUUAUUUUUUAUGCAUUUUUAUAGUAAAAGCAACAACGAAAUAAAAUGACUUGAUAAUUUAUGUUAAUACCUUAUACGCUAAUGUUUUCAAAUCAAUAUGAUUAAAUUACGACUGCACAGGUUUAUGCCAAUAUUUUGGAGACAUCACAGAUAUAAUUUUAUGUGCACAAAUGAAUCACAAGUUGACUAUGAAAAAGAAAUUGAAAUUAAACGAAUUAAGGAGAAUGCAUCAUUAGAUGAGCCACCCACUGCAUGCUGCCAGUCUGGAUGUGCAAACUGUGUGUUUAUAGUGUGGGCAGAGGCAUUGACUUCAAAAAUGGAAAAUGCAGGGCCAGAGAUUAUAGAGAAGAUAAUGAAUACAGUUGAUGAUCCAUCUAUGAAAGCUUAUCUAGAAAUGGAGUUAAGAAUAAGAGGAUUGAAAAAAUAAAAACACUAAUGUUUUGAU